AUGACCUCAGAUAAACCGUCAAAGUCGUUUUUCGGAAGAAAACUACACAAGGAACGCCAGCCUGAUCUGCGCGCUGAGACGCCGGAGUCGUUUGGUGCGGCUAGCAGUGGAUCGGGCUCGCGCUCAUCGAGAUAUUCGAAGCGAGAGUCUGGCCUGUCCGUGGAUUUGACUGGUGAUACGGAAUAUCUAUCUGGUGCGAUAGGAUCGGUCCCGUAUGAUAGCGUGCCUGUGCGAAAGGAGCCAACUCCUUCCAAAAUGGGCAAGCCAAACGACUACCACCAGUACCCCCAGUUUCAGGGGUACCAGCCAGCCAACGGUGCGAUGCAUCUGUCCGGGCCGCGGCCCCCGCCAGGAUCCUCAGGUACCACCGCCUCAUACCACUCCCAGAGUGACAAGGGGGUAAAAUACCAAGCAUGGAACGGCCACAACACCACAGAAUCUUCAAAUCCUCGCACCUCCAUGGAUCAGAACAGCAUCUACUCUGCGAUCUCGUCCGCUCCUCGUGGUUCGACCCAUACUAUCAGUACGGACAAUGCGUCUCGGUACAACUACCCCACACAUCCCCAAGAUCCUCGAAAUCAACCGUCCAGCUCCUCCGGAAGUCGUCCUUCCACCUCCUCGCGAUCCGACUGGCUUCCUCCCCAGCUACCCAUUGUGUUCGGUACUUUGCCAAUCUCAGCAGAUGGAACAAUACAGCGACCCAAAGAUGACGCUGUCGUGGACCAGAUGUUUUAUGAACUCAUGAUAAAACGAGGAUGGCAGAAUCUACCUGAACAGGCUAAGAGACAGAUGUUGGCUUACCCGACAUCGAAAAAGUGGACUUUGGUUCAUCAAGACCGGUUGACGCAAUGGCAAGGAGAGCAAAAACGACGCCAACAAAAUAGGCAAACUGGCUCGGGAGAUGGAGGCAAAGGCCUACUUGGGCGAGCCGAUGAAGAAGGCAGUCCCGAGUGGUACGUCAAAAAGGUCAUGGAUGACUCUAUCACAGCAAAGGAGCUGGGGAGUUUGAGCGUGAGCUUGCGAACACAGCCUAUAAGUUGGGUAAAAUCCUUUGUUGAAGCUCAGGGGCAGAUUGCUUUGACAAGCGUACUACUAAAGAUAAACAGGAGAAAGGCUUCAGGUCCAGUUCCUGUCACAAAUUCCGGAGGAGAUAAGGAUCUAGAUCGGGAGUACGAUAUCGCAAAAUGUUUGAAAGCCUUGAUGAACAACAAAUAUGGUGCCGACGAUGCUCUUGCCCAUCAGCAGAUUAUCGUGGCUCUCUCAAGCUCCCUUAUAUCCCCAAGAUUAACAACAAGAAAGCUGGUUAGCGAAAUCUUGACCUUCCUCUGCGACUGGGCCCAUGGCCAAGGACAUCAGAAGGUCCUCCAAGCAAUGGACCAGGUCAAAAACAUGCAAGGCGAGACCGGCCGUUUUGAUGCUUGGAUGCGAGUGGUAGAAGUCAGCAUUGACGGAAGAGGCAAAAUGGGAAGUCUUGUCGGCGCGAGUGAAGAGUUCAGAAGCGGUGGUAUAGGAAUGGAGAACCUCCUCAUGGAGUAUGCUUUGGCAACCAUGUUUUUGAUCAACAUGUUUGUAGAUGCUUCGGAGGAUGACCUGCAGCUCCGGUGUCAUAUCAGAGCACAGUUCACGGCUUGCGGUAUCAAACGACUUCUGGCUAAGAUGGAAGGAUUCCAGUACGAGGCCAUCGACAGACAAGUGGAACGGUACAAGGAGAAUGAAGGGAUCGAUUACGAAGAUCUGCUUCAAAGAGAGAGCAGUAGCAUGAAGGAUAGCAUCGAAGGGGAGGUCAGUGAUAUGAACGACCCUGUCCAGAUCACCAAUGCUAUCAUUAGUAGGCUACGAGGAGACCGUUCCCAAGACUUCUUCAUCUCCGCCAUGCAGCACAUGCUUCUGAUCAGGGAGAACUCCGGCGAAGACAGCCAUCGAAUGUUUCAAUUAGUUGACGCAAUGCUCAGCUAUGUUGCCAUGGAUAGGAGGCUUCCAGACAUGGACCUAAAGCAGAGUCUCAAUUUCACCGUCCAAAGUCUCCUUGACAAAUUACAUACCGACGCAGAAGCAAGGAGGGCGUUCGAUGAGUCCCUAGAAGCUCGUCAGAUCGCAGAGGCUGCAAUUGCAGAGCGAGAUGAGAUGAAAGCUCAGAUCGAACUGGGCGCUGAUGGCUUAGUCAAGAAGCUUCAAAAGCAAAUUGAGGAGCAAGAAGCGGUAAUAAGUCUUCAAACCCGGCAAAACGAGUCCUUGAAAAGUGAAUUGGCCGAAGUCCAGAGAAUUCGAGGACAGGAGCUUCAGAGGAACGAACUUGAAACCCGAGAACUGUAUCUCAUGCUGCGAGACGCACAGGAUGUUGCAGCAUCGAAGUCUAAGAUGGCUGGCAAUGGAACCGAUGUGGGCGCAAUGGACCCUGCCCAGAUGAACGGUAUUCUUGAUCGAGAGAAACUCAUGAGCCGCCUUGAACGGCAACUCGAUCGAGCAAAGACCCAGUUCAAAUUGGAAGGAAAAGUUUGGCCUCAGAAUGGCCCAUCAGAUAGGCUUCGGGAGUUGCGUGAACUGAUGGAGGGUGACUUCUCUCACGAUCCCGAAAUUGAUGAAGAAACUAAGCGCAACUUCACUCAUAGCACCUUUGGUACCGUUUCGAGGAAGCGUAGCCAGGCUCUUAGGGCUAACUCUUCCAACGAUAAUGAUAGCAGGGAUGGAGAACUUGAUGAUCUAGACGAAGAGGGUGAGGAGGCCGUAUUUGAGAAGGGCCGGUUGGUGGAGAUCAGAAGACCAAAACUCGACCCUGAGCGUGCCACGGCGCUGCUAAAUGAAAUUGCUUCUAAGGCUGGAGAAAGAGAAAAGGAAGUAGAAAAAGAAAAGGAGAAGGAGAAGGAAGAGCAAGAGAAGGCUUCAGCAUCUCCUGCUGAAGGUCCCGAGAAUGAAGAAACAAAAGAUGCCAAGUCUGAUAACCUUGCUGGCUUCAACGGUCCUCCGCCGCCUCCGCCUCCUCCUCUCCCUGGCUUUGGAGGAGCACCACCACCACCCCCCCCUCCUAUGCCUGGCUUUGCUGGUGGCCCUCCACCUCCUCCACCUCCUCCUAUGCCCGGCUUUGGAAACGGCGCACCGCCACCUCCUCCGCCAAUGCCAGGAGCUGGAAUGCCGCCGCCACCACCACCCCCAAUGCCUGGUGGUUGGAAGAAAACAUAUCUCCCGGCAGGACAAGUUUCGGCAGUACCUACGGUUGGCUUACCAUUUAUACGGCCCAAGAAGAAGCUCAAGGCACUUCACUGGGACAAAGUCGAUACCCCUCAAGUAACCGUUUGGGCUGCUCACGCACCCACACAUGAAGCCAAGGAACAGAAAUACACUGACCUUGCUAAGAAGGGAGUUCUCGAUGAAGUUGAAAGGCUGUUCAUGGCCAAGGAAACGAAGGUAAUUGGUCGUUCUGGGAAGAAGACUGAUAAGAAACAAAUCAUCAGCAGUGAAUUGGUCCGCAGAUUUGAAAUUGCAUUCGCCAAAUUUUCUCAAAUCUCCGCAGACGAACUCGUUCGCAAGAUCAUUCAUUGUGAUGCCGAAAUUUUAAACAAUACCGUCGUCAUGGAAUUUUUACAGAAGGACGAGAUAUGCAAUAUCCCAGAAAAUACGUCGAAGUUGAUGGCUCCGUAUAGCAAGGACUGGACCGGGCCCGGAGCAGCUACGAGCGAGAGAGAGCAGGAUCCUUCAGAGCUUACUCGCCAAGAUCAAAUCUAUUUGCAGACGGCCUUUGAGCUGAACCAUUACUGGAAAUCAAGGAUGCGUGCGCUUAAUUUGACUCUCUCUUUUGAGCAAGAUUAUGAUUCAUUAUCAUCCAGUCUACGAGAGAUAGGACAAGUUUGCGAGUCGUUACGUGAUUCCGUCUCCUUGAUGAACGUGCUUGGGCUCAUCCUUGAUAUUGGAAACUUCAUGAAUGACUCCAAUAAGCAGGCAGUCGGUUUCAAACUUAGCUCCCUAGCUCGACUUGGGAUGGUCAAAGAUGACAAGAACGAGUCGACUUUUGCAGACCUUGUUGAGCGAAUUGUUCGAAAUCAGUACCCGGAGUGGGAAGGGUUCACUGACGACAUUGAUGGAGUAAUUCAAGUCCAAAAGGCAAACGUCGAUCAGCUCCAGCUUGAUGCAAAGAAAUAUAUUGACAACAUCAAAAAUGUGCAAAUGAGUUUAGACUCUGGCAACUUGAGCGACCCUAAGAAGUUCCACCCUCAAGAUAGAGUGAAUUUGAUUGUCCAAAGAUGUAUGAAAGAUGCCCGAAGAAAAGCCGAGCAGUUGCAGCUCUACCUUGACGAAACGAGCCAGACGUAUGAUGACAUUAUGGUGUUUUACGGUGAAGACCAUACGGAUGAAAACUCAAGACGCGAAUUCUUCUCCAAACUUGCGACAUUCUUGCAGGAGUGGCGUAAAUCCAAGGAGAAGAACAUUAGCUGGGAAGAAAACAGACGGCGCACAGAAGCUUCGCUUGCUCGCAAACGGGCCAAACCAGGCCUUACAAACGGCGCUGAUUCCGGCACACCAACUUCGCCUACAUCAAACGGUGCAAUGGACUCAUUACUGGAGAAGCUACGUGCUGCUGCCCCACAAGCUCGAGACCAGCGUGAUAGAAGGCGCCGUGCAAGAUUGAAGGAGAGGCAUCAAGUACGACUCGCUUCUGGACAACAUGUACCUGGUAUCACGGUGAACGAUAGCCAAGAGGGUGAGAGCACGCCGACUGCGGAGCCAGCUGCAGCACCCAAGGAUGAUACCCCACAGAAUUCGCAAUCCAAGGGCGAGGACAUCGCGGAUCGAGCCGCCAGCAUGCUCCAGGGACUUAGGAGCGACAAUGACUCUGAGGGCAGUCGAUCCCGGCGACGAGAUAGUGCCGAAGAAGCCCGGAGAAGCAGGCGAAUGCGACGACGCGCCCCAGCCUCAUCUACCAAUAAAGAAUCCAACGAUGGCUCAUUACUUCUCUCAGCGCAUCCUGAAACCGAAGGCGGAAGCAGACGAGAUUCUUCAGGGAGCACUACAUCCGCGAUACUGGGAGAAAUCUCCAACGAGCCUGAAAUGUCACCACGGCCUUUACCAGCAACCCCUGGAGGCACAGAUUCUAACCCGAUCACGAUAUCCGACUAA